GGCAGAGGGCAGAGGUACUUGUUUGGAGAUUCGAGAGACUGAAGGGGGAUUGAAGGCCUCCCCCCCAAACCCUCCAGUCAUGGAGACGAUGCUCUCCCCAGCUGCAGCUGUCCGUGCUCUUGUGAAGAGUAUACCGUCCCUAACUUAUAUGCUCUAUCCAUUGCAGUGCCUUUCCCAGCCUCGUCUGCAAUCACGCUGUUUGGACGUGGUGCGAGCUGGAUCGACGAACUUGCACUUGGCAGCAGAGGGGAAGCAUCUUGUUUCCAUUGCCCGCAGGCUUGCAGUUACAGGAGUUAUCCCACAUCAUUCAGGCAAAUCUUUGCUGAGGAAGUUCUGCACAGUGGCUUCUGAGAUGGUUUCAGCAGCUGUAACGAAAAAAAGGAUCGGGACACACAAUGGGUCAUUCCACUGCGACGAGGCACUGGGAUGUUUCCUCCUGCGCCUGACAGACAAGUUCCGUGAUGCGGAAGUUGUGCGUACAAGGAAUCAACAGAUCCUGGAUACGCUGGAUACUGUUCUCGAUGUGGGUGGAGUCUAUGACCCAGAGAGGGACAGAUAUGACCACCAUCAAGGAGGCUUUCACGAGAACUUCGGCCAUGGUUUCACUACCAAACUCAGCAGCGCUGGGCUCGUGUACAAGCAUUUUGGCAGGGAGAUUGUGGGAAAGGAGCUCAAGUCGUUAACGCCAGAAGAACAGGAGGUUGUGUAUGUGACUGUCUACAAACAUUUUAUGGAGGCUAUUGACGCCAAUGAUAACGGUAUAAGUCAGUAUGACACGCAACUUCAGCCAAGGUACAUUGAGAGCACCAGUCUUCCAGCAAGAGUGUCGAGACUCAACCCAGACUGGACGGAGGAAAAUACUGAAGCGAGGGAGAACGAGGGAUUUGCGCGAGCAAUGCAGUUAACAGGCCAGGAGUUCCUUGAGAGUCUGCGGUCAGUAGGGAAAGUGUGGUUGCCAGCAAGGAGCAUUGUGGCAGGCUGCCUGGAGCGGAGGUUUGAUGCGCACAAGAGCGGGGAAAUCCUGGUAUUGGACAGGUUCUGCCCGUGGAAAUUGCAUCUCUUUGACUUGGAGCAGGAGACGAAGGUUGACCCUUCCAUCAAAUACUGCCUUUAUCAGGAUGAUCGCAGCGGUAGCUGGAGAGUACAGGCAGUAUCUAUUGGUCCGGGAAAGUUUGAGAGUCGAAAGCCUUUGCCGGAAGCUUGGCGGAGCCUGAGAGACGAGGAGUUAUCCCAGGUUGCUGAUAUUCCUGGUUGCAUAUUUGUUCACACUAGUGGAUUCAUUGGUGGAAACAAGUCCAUCGAUGGAGCGCUGGCAAUGGCAUCGAAAGCUCUUACCAUGAGUUAGGAAUCCGAGGCUGUGUGUUCAGACCAGGGCUUUCUUUGAUGAACCUGACCGCAAUCAUGGCCAGUGGCAGUCAUAAGGAAGUCCCAAGUGUGACCAGGUUUUCCUUGAGUUUACUUCUCAAGUACUGGAUGCUACAAAGUCAGCAUGGUGGUGACAAAAUCAGGAUAGGAAAAAAAAAAAAAAAAAAAAAAAAGGUAAUACUUCAAGAAGGUGAUUUCUGUUACGUCCUCAUGAAGCUUUUUUUUUUUUUUUUUUUUUUUUUUAAAGAAGGGAAUUUCAAGAAAGAGAACGUUACAGCGAGGAGAGUCGUAAAGGAGUUGAUUAGGAAUUUAGGGAGUUGCCCUGCUAAUCUCCUACUCAAUGGUGAUUGAAUUUUUCAUGCCAGCUUUUACUUCAAAUAGAACGCAAGUCACUCGAUUAGGAAGUUGCGGCAUCUCACGAGCCCAAGUUACCCCAUUAGGAAAUUUGCUGCAUCUCACAAAACAAAUUAUCGGGCACUCGUUACUACUCGACAAUAUCCAUGUUUUCUCUCAGAGCACCUUUGCGCUCAGUGCACCCGCGGGACCACCACAUGUCGGUCCUGUGCCAGCCCGCCACAUGUCGGUCCUGUAGCAGUCCGCCUUAUGCCUGGGCUGUGCGUCAAAAAAGAAAAGGUCUUAUGUCAGAUUGCGAUUGCCGUGGUUGAUGUCAGCAGCCACAGUCUUGUUUCUGGCGGCUGCGUUUUCUUCGAGGCAGCCUGAGGUUCAGCAUUUUCAGCCUCUCCAGGCAAAAGUGAAGAUUUAGUAAAACAGUUUAUUGAAG